AUGUCAAAACAUAAUAUAAUAGCCGGUAUAGUUACCGUCCUUUUUCUUGGUGCAAUUAUUGGUUUGAAUGUUUUCUCUUUCUUACCUGCAACCGCUUGGUAUGCUUUCAAUUUAAAUAUUUCACCAUUCAGUUAUGAGGUUGAUAUAAAUAGACAAGGUCUUUUUUAUCACGAUAAGCCAUAUGACUGGAACGACCAAUCACAAAGUCGUGAUGUAAUGUUUAUUUCAUUCGGACUUAUUUUAGUUUCAUUUGUUUUCUCAUGUAUCUGUAUUUUAAUCACCUUAGUUGCUUUAUUCAAACGUGUUCAUAAAAAAGUUAGAAAGUCAUUAUUUGUAAUGUCAAUUCUUGUUUUCCUUGCCAAUGGUCUUGCUUCACUUUUAUUCCUUAGAUUCAACAAAGCUUUAUGCAAUGAUUUACCAAGUUUACCUCUUCCAGCUGGCUCCACUGGCCCACUUAAUGGUUCAGAUAUUUGCAACAAAUUCAAAGGUAGUUAUGCCGAUGGUAUCUUAACAUGGGGUCCAGGAAUUGGUUGGAUUUGCUCUGUCGUAGCUUUCGGUAUCAGUUUCUUUACCAUCUUCCUCUGCAGCAAAAUACUUAAAACCAAAAAGUUUGGUUACCAUGUCAUUCCAUAA